CGGAAGUUCAUUUUUCCACUCACUUCCGGUUGGAGCCGCUUUCAAACAAAACCGCGAUUCCGACGAUGACAGACGAACAGGAACAGCAACCGACACAGACGGUAGAAGAGCCUCUGGAUUUAAUUCGCCUCAGUUUAGAUGAACGAAUUUACGUAAAGAUGAGAAACGACCGGGAACUUCGCGGUCGACUACACGCGUAUGACCAACAUUUAAAUAUGAUUCUUGGAGAUGUUGAAGAAACCGUGACAACAGUGGAAAUUGAUGAGGAAACAUAUGAAGAGAUCUACAAAUCAACGAAGAGAAACAUUGCCAUGUUGUUUGUGAGAGGAGAUGGAGUUAUUCUUGUAUCACCUCCAAUGCGAACAGGAACUUGAACGCAAAUUUAGACCAAUUUCCAAAAAAAAAAAAGAAACAGAAAAAAAAACAACUACCAUAAGUAAUACAAAAUUUAAGAAAAAUACAUUUUUAUUUUUUCAUUUUCAUUUUUAUUUUAUUUUUCCAUUUUUAAAAUGAUUCAUUCUUAUUUUUUUUUAAAGAAAAAUGAAACUGAGAGAGUGAACUCUUGGUGGAAUUUUUUUGUUAUUCUUUAAGACUAUUCAAAGAAAUAGUUGAAGUCUGCUCAAUGCAGCAUUUGAAGAACGCAGAAACAGUCCAAUAAAAGAGAAAAAACGCUUGUUUUGAUGGCUUUAA